AUGGAGAUCCGACCAGAUCGGUUCAAGGCGGCGGCGGCAAAAACACUUGGGAAGAUUCACAGGGUGAUCGAGAAGCGUCAGGAGAAUGGCGAGACGAUUGAGCUGUCGGCGGAGGGCCGUCCGGAGCUGGUGGAGGAGCUGGAGAUGCCGGUGGUGGACUGCACCUGCUGCGGCCUGCCGCGCCGCUACAUCAUCGCCAUCCUCAGCGGCCUCGGCUUCUGCAUCUCCUUCGGCAUCCGCUGCAACCUGGGAGUGGCCAUCGUCAGCAUGGUCAACAACCACACCGUCUUCCACGGCAGGAAGGAAGUCAUACAGCCUGCACAGUUUUCGUGGGACCCAGAGACGGUGGGGAUGAUCCAUGGGUCUUUCUUCUGGGGUUACAUAGUUACACAGAUCCCUGGAGGAUUCAUAUGUAGAAGGUUUGCCGCCAAUCGAGUGUUUGGCUUUGCGAUAGUCGCCACGUCCGUGUUAAAUAUGCUGAUCCCCUCUGCGGCUCGGGUGUCCUACGGCUGCGUCAUGAUGGUCAGGGUUUGCCAAGGCCUUGUGGAGGGCGUGUCUUACCCUGCCUGCCAUGGAAUCUGGGCGAGAUGGGCUCCACCACUUGAGAGAAGCAGAUUAGCCACCACGGCAUUCUGUGGGUCGUAUGCUGGGGCUGUGGUAGCCAUGCCUUUGGCAGGAAUCCUGGUGCAGUACACCGGGUGGUCCUCUGUCUUCUAUGUCUAUGGCAGUGUUGGUGUGUUCUGGUACUUGUUCUGGAUCCUGGUGUCGUAUGAGAGCCCUGCGGUCCACCCCACCAUCACCCCGGAGGAGAGGAAGUACAUCGAGGAGGCCAUCGGGGAUGCCAACCUGGUGAACCCCCUACAGAAGUUCAAGACCCCCUGGCGGCACUUCUUCACCUCCAUGCCGGUGUAUGCCAUCAUCGUGGCCAACUUCUGCCGUAGCUGGACCUUCUACCUGCUGCUCAUCAGCCAGCCCGCGUACUUCGAGGAGGUGUUCGGCUUCGCCAUCAGCAAGGUGGGAAUGGUGUCUGCUCUGCCACAUCUGGUCAUGACCAUCAUCGUGCCCAUUGGUGGGCAGCUGGCGGACUACCUGCGCACGCACAACAUCAUGACCACGACCAACGUGCGCAAACUCAUGAACUGCGGAGGUUUUGGCAUGGAGGCUACUCUACUCUUAGUGGUGGGCUACUCUCAUACUAAAGGUGUGGCCAUCUCCUUCCUCGUGCUUGCUGUAGGAUUCAGUGGCUUCGCAAUCUCAGGGUUUAAUGUGAACCAUUUAGACAUCGCCCCCCGCUAUGCCAGUAUUCUUAUGGGCAUCUCCAACGGAGUUGGCACCUUAUCGGGCAUGGUUUGCCCUCUCAUCGUCGGAGCCAUGACCAAACACAAGACUCGAGAAGAGUGGCAGGGCGUGUUUCUCAUCGCCUCCCUUGUCCACUAUGGUGGUGUCAUCUUCUAUGGUCUCUUUGCGUCGGGAGAGAAGCAGCCGUGGGCGGACCCCGAGGACACCAGCGAGGAGAAGUGCGGCAUCCUGGACGAGGACGAGCUGGCCAAUGAGACGGAGGAGCUGUACAGGACGUCGGGCGGCGCGGGCUAUGGGGCCAUGAGCCAACCCGAGGCCGUAAUGCCAGCCAAUGGAGGAGGAGGAGGAGGAGGAGGAGGAGGAGGAGGAGGUGGAGGUGGGGGAGGGGGCUGGGUCAGUGACUGGGAUAAGUCAGAGGAGUUGGUCCAACCCCCAGGGACCAAUAGGUAUCUGUAUGGGGGAGAGGAGGACAGGGAACUGACAUAG